AUGGAGAAUCCAGAACGACACAUCCUGUAUCUGACUGUAUCGUUAUUUGUCUCUUUUUUAUGCAAGAAUAAGAAAUCUGGUGACGAAAAAGCGACCGCCAAGAAACAAAGUGUUCUUUUUCGGCAUUUCAAUACGCUUAUUGGAUAUAGCAACUCUGAGAAGUGCUUUACCAUACCACCUAAGCGUUUACGGUACGUUUAGCG